UUAGCUAGUUAAACGUGUAUUUGAUUUAUUUGUGUCAUAUGUUUAACAAAUAAAUUGAGAUAAAUAAAAACGAAGCUGACCGGCCGUGACCUUAACAACGAGUGGGCGUGGCCGUGCGCGUGGUUUUGAAUGCGGUGAAAGAGGACUACGGCAGUUUGACUGACGCUUUAGUUACAAUUACAGUGUAUAUUUUCCAAGAUGUCAGACAGCGAGUCCAUAAAAAAGAUGUUACGGUCUGUGCUGCAGUCCAGUAAGACCGGCGUGUCCGUGAACAGCCUCCAGUCAGAGUACCGGUCACUGUGUGGAGAAAACAUCCCGCUGAAGAAGCUGGGCUACUCAAAACUGGAGGACUACCUCAAGAGCAUCCCCUCUGUGGUCCGCCUUGAGUAUCGCAUGGGUGAGUUAAAAUGCUUCGCUGCAGUGUGUCAGGAGACCGCUCACAUUGCUGAGCUGGUAGCCAAGCAGAAGUGCUCCAAGAAAUCUGGUCGCUCCCACGUUGUCAACUGCAGGAUGAGAUUCAAACCUUCCAACCCAUACAUGCUCAAUGUGAGACCAAGGUCCUCUCUCCGCCAGCCCUCUGCUGCUGGUUCCUCUAACUGGCUGGCAAACCGCUCUCGGUCCUACGGCGGACACCGAGGCUUCAGUGCCGCAGGAGACUACAGGCAGUUGGACCACAGGUUGAGCUCCCUCACCCCUGUUGAGCACAGACAACCGGCUCCUCAACCAGCUGUAAAGCCAUGUGUAAUGCCUGUCAGGAAGGAGAAGAGCUUCACAAACUGCCAGAAGCCAAGAGAGAAGCCUCCUGAACAAGUCCCCAGGACUGACCAAUCAAAGUCUUGUCUGUAUGACGUGGAACUGGUGCAGAGCAGAUUCAUUCAGCUCAUGGAGAAAUACUACAGUGGAUUGUGGAUGUCGAAACUGUCACAGGUCUACAGUGAAAUGUUCAAUCAGAAGCUCCACCCUCAGGCGCUCGUAGAUCUGGAAAAGUGGACACACAUCUGUAUGGUGGAGAAUUCUCCCAGCAGGUGCCGAGCGGACCGCCUCAUCUACCCUCCUCUGCCUCCUAAGUCUUCUAUUGUCCCGAGACUUAGCACCACACCUCCAACGUCACCCACUGACUCAAGCACCAUCACCACACCCAUUUCUUCACGUCCCUCGACACCCGAACAACCUUCCAGUCCCCUCCUUCACUCCCCUGUUCCUAAACCUAGAGAGUCCCCCCAAAACCCUUUGGCUAAGCCUACCUUCAUUUUUCCUCCUCAACAUGUAUCUGCCUCUUCGGUUACGUUGCGCAGCCCUGCCCGCAACCCAGCUCUCGCUCCCAGAUUGCCCCCUUGUAUCAAUCUUGCAGUAAAUGCCAAUGGUGGAUGUAAAGAUCGUCAGAACUUACCUGUAACUACCCUCAACCACAAACAAAACACUCAUUCAUCAGCCCAUACCCGGACUUGCCCUGCAUCAACCAACGCUCCUCCAUUGGCUUCCUCUCUCCAACCUGGCCCUGACAUUUUACCCCUUUUGAAGGUGACCUUCUCCCCCACCUCCGAUUCUGCCCCUCGUCCUACCUCAAAAUCUCCUGCUGUUGUGUCAGCCGAAGCGCGUCAGAGAAUAAAGGAGCUUCUGUCUAAGUACAGUCACGGUCUGUGGGCCCAUGCUUUGCCCAAACUCUUCAUGGACACAUACAAAAUGUCAUUCCCCGAACAUAUCAUGGACAACUUGUCUCUCUUGCUGGACAUAUGCACCGUGGAGUACCCCAUACCACAUGACAAGAAGAAGGCCAUCCUGUAUAACUCCUUCAAAGUUGACAUGGAAGACACAGACGACCAGAAAAGCCAGAAAUGCAGAAGCCCUCCCCUUCCCUCUGGUCUGGAGGUCCUGGGAUCUGUGGAGCCUACCUAUCUGGUUCUUCCCUCAGAGCAGUACCCCUCUGUGCUGAUUACUGAUGCCAAGAGCAGCAAUGCUGUUACUGUGAGGUAUGUAGGUGAGAACUACUCCAAUGCUCAGGAGGCCAUGGAGGACACCAUGCACUCCUUCUACAGCCAAAGCUCCACCCACCGUCCUCUGUCUAACCCUGUUGUUGGUCAGCUCGUAGCAGUCAAGGGGGAGGAUGGAGACGACCUGGCCAGAGCUCAGGUCAUGGAGGUUAUGGCCCCUAACAAGGUCAAGGUAUACUAUGUGGACUACGGCUUCUCUGUGGAAACCAGUGGGACUAAUCUGCUGGAGCUACACCAGGACUUCCUCUCUCUGCCAUUCCAGGCUACAAACGUUCGACUUGCAGGUCUAGAUGCAUUCAGCUCCCAUCCCCUGGUGCUGUCCUCCUUGGACAAGUUGGCAGUGGGAAAAAUCCUGCUAAUGGAGACAUUAGAGCCGUGUCAAAAGAAUGAGAUUCCGGAGGCAGUGCUGUACGACACUUCGCAGGAUGACGACGUCAACAUCAACUCCACCUGCCUGAAGGCUCUGCAGGACAACACCAUGAACAACCCUCUGACUGUAAAUGCAACCUAUCAGGAGGUGUGUGUCACAAAUGUGUGUGCAGAUGGUAUCAUCUACUGUCAGCUGCCCUCCAGAGGGACCGCAAGACUCAGCAAGUUACUGAAAGAAACAGAGGCCUUCUUCACGUCCCAGAUGACAUCCGAGUCUCUGGUCUCCAGACCCUUCAGUGGCAAGUUCUAUCUUGCCCGUUACAAAGGAAAGUGGUCCAGAGUGGAGAUCACCAACAUGUACGGCAACCGAGUGAUGGAGAUCCUCUUCAUAGACUUGGGUCUCCCAGCAACUGUAGAGGUCACUGAUCUCCGAGAGAUCCCCCCUCCUUUCCUCAAAGACUUCACCAUCAUCCCACCACAGGCUAUCAAAUGUCGCCUGGCUGACCUCACAGUUCCAGAGGGAGACUGGAGACCUGAGGCCGUUCUGUGGGUGAAGGAGGCUGUCCUGGGCUCUGAGGACUGUAAAAUGAGGAUCUUGAAAUUAGACAGGCACAGGGGGGACUGGCUGGUCUAUAUGUACCUCUUCGUCGGUGCUGACAGUCAGGAGCUGGACAAGAGCAUCAACCGUCAACUGGCCCAGUCAGAGUUGUGGCACAAACUCACAACACAGAACAACAACACAAUCACCAGCAAUAACAGCAGUGUGGAUACAGGUCUCAGUGCUCUAGUGGAGAAGAUGACUCUGGGCAGAUCACUCCCAGUCCCCAUUGUCAAGGCCUUAAUGCAACCUCUUCAUGGAACAAAGGACUCAUCUUAUCCAGACACAAACACCCAAACUGGGAUGCAGCCUCUUGUGAUGCCUCCUCUACUGGAGCUCCCACAGCCUUGUCAGAAUAUAGAUGUGUUUGUGCCAGUGGCCUGCCACCCUGGUUACUUUGUGCUGCAGCUAUGGCAGGAUCUGCAUAAGCUGGUGGUGUUGAUGGGGGAGAUGAUCCUCUACUACAACCAGACAAGGAAGGCCAACACAGCCACAAACAUCCAGAAAGGAGAGAUCUACGCUGCCAGAAUAGACAAAAAUUGGCACCGUGUACAGGUGAAGGGGGUUCUGGCCAAUGGCUUGGUUUCUGUCUAUGAUUUGGACUACGGAAAACAUGAGCUGGUCCGCACUACUCUGCUCCAGCCUCUGAUAGAGGAGUUCAGACAGCUGCCCUUCCAGGCUAUCACUGCACAACUGGCAGGUGUGACACAGCACCAGUGGUCAGAGGAGGCCUCCAUGUUAUUCAGGAACCACGUGGAGGAUCGAGCACUGGUAGCCCAGGUGGAGAGCGUGCAGGAGGUGUCGGAGGUUAAAGGUGAGCUGUGGGAACGGAGGUUGACCGUUUACCUGGUGGACACCGCAGUGGAGGACAGGGACAUUUGGAUUCACAGCAUCAUGGCCGACAUCAGCGGUGAUCUCUCUUCUGCAGCCUAAGAUGUUUCCUCAUGCAUGUUGGGAAAUUAACCAGCAAGCCGACUCUGUGACUGCAAGUAUAUCUCCCGAAAUGUAGUUUUGAACCAACAAGUUAUUUUCGAGUUCUAAAAAAUGGUGACAAUGCUCGGUGAACUUUGGAUGAUAAACGUCACCCUCUGCCCUUGGUUCAUUUCCAGUGUUCUGGAUCUUUCUCCCAGUCAGAGACUUUAAAGAAGCUCUUUACAUUUGUUUUGGUCAUAGUCAGGGGCCAUCUGAACUUGACUGAAGAUAUUGUUUUGUUGAGUUCAUUAUUUCUGUUACAUUUGUCUCAGAUGCUGUUAAGUGCAGCUG